GCCGUGACGUCAUAACCUUCUCUGCCUCACGGCUCUCCCUCCCUCGUGGCGUAUGGGAGAAGGCUGCCUUAUUUUACCAAUUUCCACCGCAUUUACACCUUAACCCAAGCCGGCCAGUGGAAAUAACACCCACGGGACACUAAUCUACCAGCCAACCAGGAGGAAAACACUAAAUAAGCCAGCAAGAUGAACGCGGAGAAGCUGGCCAAGUUGCAGCAGCAGGUGCGGAUUGGUGGGAAGGGCAGUGCUCGCCGCAAGAAGAAGGUUGUCCACCGCUCCUCAGCCACCGACGACAAGAAGCUCCAGAACUCACUCAAGAAACUCACCGUCAAUAACAUCUCCGGCAUCGAGGAGGUGAACAUGAUAAAGGAGGAUGGCUCGGUGAUUCACUUCAACAAUCCGAAGGUGCAGGCGUCACUGAAUGCCAACACCUUCGCUGUGUCGGGCCACGCCGAGAGCAAGCAGAUCACCGAGAUGCUGCCGGGCAUCCUAAACCAUCUCAGCGCUGAGGGAUUCAACCAACUCAAGCGUCUGGCAUCCACCGUCACCACUAGCAACACAUCAGCUGGUGGCAUUGAUGAUGACGAUGAUGAUGUCCCCAUGUUGGUGGAAGACUUCGAGGCAGCCAGCAAGACAGACACUGGUGUAGAGGGUGGUGGUGCGGUGGUGAGUGAGGUGGAGGGUGAGGACGCCGUGCCGCCGCUGGUGGACGUGCCCAAUGGGAGACAGCCACCCCUCCACCACCACCACCACAGGGCAAGGACGGCAAGAAGAAGGGCAAGAAGAAAGACAAGAAGGAACCCCAGGACACCAAGACUGCCGCCACCGCACCACCACCACCACCACCAGCAGACAAGACCAAACCCAAGAGCAAGACUCCCGCCGGCAAGGAUGCCAAUGACACCAAGGAUGCCCCUCCUCCACCUGCUGCCAAGGAUGCCAAACCUGCCCCAGCUGCUGCUAAGGAUGCCAAACUUGCCCCAGCUGCUGCCAAGGAUACCAAACCUGACCCAGCUGCUGCCAAGGAUGCCAAACCUGCCCCAGCUGAUGCCAAGGAUACCAAACCUGCCCCAGCUGCUGCUAAGGAUGCCAAGGAUGCCAAACCUGCCCCAGCUGCUGCCAAGGAUACCAAACCUGCCCCAGCUGCUGCCAAGGAUGCCAAACCUGCCCCAGCUGCUGCCAAGGAUACCAAACCUGCCCCAGCUGCUGCUAAGGAUGCCAAACCUGCCCCAGCUGCUGCCAAGGAUGCCAAACCUGCCCCAGCUGCUGCUAAGGAUGCCAAACCUGCCCCAGCUGCUGCCAAGGAUGCCAAGGACACCAAAUCUACUAAGGACACUCCUGCUGCAAAGGACACCAAACCUGCCCCAGCAAAGGAUGCCAAGCCCCCUGCUGCUGCUAAGGACACUCCUGCUGCACCAGCUGCCAAGGACACUCCUGCUGCACCAGCUGCCAAGGACACUCCUGCUGCACCAACUGCCAAGGACACUCCUACUGCACCAGCUGCCAAGGACACUUCUGCUGCUCCAGCUGCUAAAGACACUCCUGCUGCUCCAGCUGCCAAGGACACUCCUGCUGCACCAGCUGCCAAAGACACUCCUGCUGCUCCAGCUGCCCCUGCUCCAGCUCCAGCUGCCAAAGACACUCCUGCUGCUCCAGCUGCCCCUGCUCCAGCUCCUGCUGCACCAGCUGCCCCUGCUCCAGCUCCAGCUGCCAAAGACACUCCUGCUGCUCCAGCUGCCAAGGACACUCCUACACCAGCUGCCAAGGACACUCCUGCAGCUCCAGCUGCCAAGGACACUCCUGCAGCUCCAGCUGCCAAAGACACUCCUGCUGCACCAGCUGCCAAGGACACUCCUGCUGCUCCAGCUGCUAAAGACACUCCUGCUGCACCAGCUGCCAAAGACACUCCUGCUGCACCAGCUGCCAAGGAUACCCCUGCUGCCCCUGCUCCUGCUGCACCAGCUACCCCUGCUCCAGCUACAAAGGACACUCCUGCACCAGCUGCCCCUGUUCCAGCUCCAGCUGCACCAGCUGCCACUGUUCCAGCUGCUCCUGCUCCAGCUGCCAAGGACACUCCUGCACCUGCUGCCACUGUUCCAGCUGCUCCUGCUCCAGCUCCAGCUGCCAAGGACACUCCUGCACCAGCUCCAGCUUCUAAGGACACUUCUGCUGCACCAGCUGCCCCUGCUCCAGCUCCAGCUUCCAAGGACACUCCUGCACCAGCUGCCCCUGCUCCAGCUCCAGCUGCGAAGGUUACUCCUGCACCAGCUGCACCAGUUACCACUGCUCCAGUGGCCAUUGCACCAGCUGUCCCUGCUCCAGCUGCUAAAGAUACUCCUGCUGCUCCAGCUGGCAAGGACACUCCAGCUGCUCCUGCCUCUGCACCAGCUGCCCCUGCUCCUGCUCCUGCUGCACCAGCUGCCCCUGCCCCCCCUGCCCCAGCUGUCCCAGCUACUAAGGAGACUCCAGCAGCUGCACCUGCUCCAUCUACUCCUGCCCCAGCACCAGCUGCUAAGGAGACUGCACCUGCCCCCAGUAGUGCUCCUGGUGGUGGGGCCAAGGCAGCCCCUGCUGGCACUUCCAAAAAGCCUCAGGCUCCCCCCAAGAGUAAACAACCCAAGAAGCCCAAGGGGAAGUAGGCCACUGACACCAAACACUCAGUGCACGACAAAGAGGAGAGUCACGGGGAAGCCAACACCAACACCAAGUCCAACAAGAAAACCUCCAAGAAUGAAGCAACACCACCCAACACCACCACCACCGCCGCCGCUGCUGUUGCUUCCUCCUCCAAGGGCACCUCACAGCCUGCCGAGGAGUGAGGGGGUAUCCUGCGCAGCGUCCUGUAGGCUCCUUCCCCCCUCACACCCUCCCCGGUCUGCCCGAGCCACCACCAUCGCCGCCACUACUACUGCUGCUGCUGCCCGGUUGAUCUCGGCCUGUUGAUGUGUUUUGUUUGGUUUAUUUAUUUAUUUUAUUUAUAUAUAUAUCUUUUUUUUUUUUUUUUCAUUUUUUCUCUUUUCUCUCGAUUGUGACGUUUUAAUUUUAUUGUUUGUACCUGGUCGGUUUGGUUGAGCAGGUUCCAGUGUUUGUGAUUCAGAGCGUGUUUUGUUGUUUAUUUUCUCUCCAUGACACGGGCAGAUAAGUUGAUUAAUAUCUUGUUUAAUACACUGGUUGAUUCAAAA